AUGCAGAGGCGAGCAGAGAGGAUGAGGCGGCAGGUGGACGGGGGAGAGGAGAGUGGGGAUCAUCAUCAUCAACAACAACAGCAGCAGCAGCAGCAGCAGCAGCAGCAGCAGCAGCAGCAGCAGCAGCAGCAGCAGCAGCAGCAGCAGCAGCAGCAGCAGCAGCAGCAGCAGCAGCAGCGGAAGCAGCAGGAGCAAUGCGACUACCAGCAGCGGCAACAGCAGCAGCAACAACAGCAGGCGCAGGAGCACCAAGCGCAGCAAAAGCGCCCAGUAGCUCCUCUGCAGGUGUCUCUAGAGCUCGUUUCAACAGAAGAGUUCUGUGUCUUUGCGGAUUGGGACACAAGCGGAGCUGCUUACAAGGAGUACAUGAGAAGGGUUGGAAGAGAAGCAAGCAGAGCGCCUGGCGGGCAGAACGGGAGAGAAUCCGGCACUGGUCGAGGAAAUCCGAAGGUGCCAGUGAUUGGAGACGCAGCUAAUACAGGGCAUUCUAGUAACGAGAAAUCAGUGCACCAGCGGGAAAUUUCAGGAAGGCCGCAGAAUGGCACGGAGGAGAAUGCAGGCAGCAGGGGCAGCAGGGGCAGCAGGGGCAGCAGCGGGACGCGGUUGGACCAUCAGACUGCUCUUGCGUUCUGCAUGAGCUUCGUUAAGGUUCGGCCAAUCAGGUGGCAGCACGUGGCAACAGAGGCAUCAAGGGGCAUCACCCGCCUGGUGCCGGUCUUCCCUCUUCGCCUCUACGACUCCCUCCUCUUCUCCCUCCGCUCCAUUCCUCCCUUCCAAGCCUUCCAACCCCUUCCUCCAAACCGACAACCAGAGCAGUGUGAGAGAGUGAGUGUGGGGGUGCGGAUACAGGGCGUGCCUGUGAGUACGUUAGCAAGUGACCUGGCAGUAGGUUCGGGGCAAGGUGGUUCGACAAGGAGUGCGUUGGAUCGGGAGAUGGAGCAACGGCUGCCAAUUCAGCUCCGGCGAGCACUGCUGCCGUUCCAGAGGGAGGGGGUGGCGUUUGCAGUGGGGAGAGGGGGGCGAUGCCUGAUUGCAGACGAGAUGGGUGUGGGGAAGACCAUCCAGGCCAUAGCAGCAGCGGCGUGGUACAUGGCAGAGGGCCCUCUCCUCAUCGUGUGUCCGGCAUGCCUCAGACUGCAGUGGGCCGAGCAGCUGGAGAGAUGGCUGCCCUUCCUGCGCCCCUCCCAGAUCCACAUCGUGUUUGGCCAGAGGGACGAUCUAGUGGAGGAGGACAAAGGGGAGAGGUCGCUCGUAGCUGGCACGGAAGGUCACUCGAACAAGGCAAAGAGCUCAGCCCCAGCAGUGGUGAUCACGUCCUUCACCAUGGCAGGGCGCCUACGACGAACGCUGAUGAGGAGGCGAGGGGGAUGGGGCAUGGUGGUGGUGGAUGAGGCACACGUGCUGAGGACUGCCAGGAAACCGUUUGACUGCCUGGAGACUCGAGUGGUGGUGGACGUGAUUCGACGCACCAAGCGAGCCAUCCUGCUCACCGGCACUCCAUCCCUCUCCAGGCCCUUUGACAUCUUCAACCUGGUCGACAGCCUCUGGCCUGGCCUGCUGGGCACGUCCAAGUACGAGUUUGCUCGCAACUACUGCGACAGGGGGAGGGACAGCAGAGACUUCUCGAGGGGGAUUCGAUUGCGCGAGCUGCACAUCCUGCUGUCGCACACCGUCAUGGUGAGAGACGGGGGUGCUCGUGCUGUCACACAUGGUCAUGGACAGCAGGGAAUUCUCAAGGGGGAUUCGACUGCGUGUGCUGCACGUCCUGCUGUCCCGCACCGUCAUGGUGAGGAGGCGUUUUCCCAGAUGAUGCAAGCGAUCACGUACUAUGUAUGUGUGUGUGGAUGGACGUUUCUCUCUGCCCUGCUGCAGAUCCGUCGGCUCAAGUCUGAGGUGGCACUGCAGCUGCCACCUAAGCGCCGCCAGGUCAUCAGGCUGCGCCUUGAACCAUCUGACGUGGCACUUGCGGUUCAGAGAGUUGCUGAGCUGGCAGGGGGUAGUGCUGUGGUGUAUAGAGACAAAGAAUCCAAGGACGUAGAUACAGAAGAGGGGGAGGAUGGGGGAGAGGACAAUGAGGACGGGGGGGAGGAAGGGGGAGAAGAGGAGGCAGGAGAGGAAGGAGAGGGUGAGGAGGAUGAUAGGGAAGAGGGUGAAGGGGAAGAGGGUGUGGAACAGGGAAAUUUGAAGGACCCGGAAGUGGAAAAGAGCAGUGAAAGAAACAGUGAGCGGAGCUGUGAUUCUGACCCUUGUAAAACGGCGGAUAUCGUACAAGGCAAUAAGAAGGCACUUGUGGGUGAUGCAAAGGCGGCCGAGGGCGGUAGGGGGAGGAGGAUGAGGGCUUUAAGGGCUGAAGGGGGUAAUUCAAAUGCUGGUGGGGGGGAUGUGGGGGGUGGAAGAGGUGGGGAAAGGGACGGAAAGGGGAGUGUGAGGGGUGGAAGCAUAAGAGGUGGAAGAGGGGGUGCAAGGGGUGGUAGGGGGAGGAGGAAGCAGGGAGCAGAGGAGAGGGAGGGGCGGAGAGGAGGGAAGGUUGGGGUUGGGGGGUUGAGCCCUGAAGAACUUGGACUGGCCAAGAUGAGAGGGGUGGAAGAGUGGUUGAGUCACUGCUCGGUUCUGAGGGGUUGGGAGGGGUGUGAGGAGGGCGGAGAGGAAGAGGGAGGCGAGGGAGGGGUGGGAGGCGAGGAAAGGGGAGGAGAAGGGGUUGGAGGCGGUGGGGAUGUGGAGGGGGAGGGACCAAGCGAGAGGAAAGAGAGGAGUGAGAAGAAGCACAGGGGAAGGAAUGGGCGGAUGGUAGAGAAGAUGGUGAUUUUCGCCCACCACCACGUGGUGAUGGACGCCCUACAGGCUGCUGUCUACCGCAUUGCUGCUGCCAGCAUUCUGAGGAGAGGCGAUGAUGAGGAGAAGGGGGGUGGGAUGGAUGAGGAGAGAGGGGCGGGUGAAGAGGUGGGGGGGGCAGAGGAAGUGGGGGGAGCUGAGGGAGAAAGGGAAUCCCAGGGGGUGAGGGGAAGUGGAAUGGCAGAGGGCGAAGGAGAAGGAGAGGAAGAGGAAGGAGUGGUGGAGAUUGGAGGUGGGGAUGCGGGGAGCAGGGGAAGGAGGUACGGCGACCCUGCCGAGCCUGCGUGCCGUACCAAGCCUGCCGAACCUGCCAAGCCUGCCAAAGCUGCUAUGCGGUUUGAGUUGGUUCGGGUGGACGGCACCACGCCUCCUCUGGAGCGGGCCGAGGCUGUCAAGAGGUUCGCCACCGAGCCUCAGGUCCGGGUGGCGAUAGUGGGCGUGACGGCGGGCGGCGUGGGCUUGGACUUUAGUGCGGCGCAGACGAUUGUGUUUGCGGAGAUCCCGAGGGCGGCAGCAGAUCUGCUGCAGGCAGAGGACAGGGCGCACAGGAGGGGGCAGAGGUUCCCUGUGAACGUGGUUGUGUUCUGUGCCAAGCCCUACUUCAUAGAUGAGGAUUCCUCCUCCCUCAAGGUGAGAGGCAAGGCAGCGGAUGUGCUGCAGGCAGAGGAUAGGGUGCACAGGAAGGGGCAGAGAUUCCAUGUGAUGAACGUGGCGGAGUUCUGUGCUAAGAUGGUGAGUGGCAAAUCAGCGGCUUUGCUGCAGGCAGAGGAUUGGGCGCACAGGAGAGGCCAAAAAUUCCCUGUCAACGUGGUGAUGUUCUGUGCCAAGAGGCUGUGCUGCAGUGCAGAACGAGUGCCGGCUGCUGUGGUAUGGACGGGGGGGAGCAGCACGAGAGAGGGAGGGAGGGAAGUCAUUAUAUCGCCCGUCUCACUCCACUCCUCUCCUCUCCUCCCUGCCCAUAUCCAGGACUCUCGGGACGAGACGGCGUGGCAGAGGCUGUGUUGCAGUUCAGAGCGCGUGUCGGCUGCUGUGGAUGGGGGGAAGCAGCAAGAGGGAGUGCUGGAAGGGAAGUUAUGUCACUCUAUCUGCCUCCUCACUCCUCUCUUCUCGCUCCUCUUCUUCCCUUUCUCGUGCAUUCCUUCCGUUCAGGACUCUCGGGAUGAGACGGCGUGGCAGAGGCUGUGCCGCAGUGCAGAGCGUGUGUCGGCUGCUGUGGAUGGGGGGAAGCAGCAAGAGGGAGGGCUGGUAGUGGAUAGUGUUGUGGACGGGUCUGCUGUUAAACGAGGCAGGACGGAGGGGGGGGUGGAGGGAGUGGGGAGGCAGGAAAGAAGGCUUCUAAUGGAUAGCUUUGCUGAUGGUACUGCUGUGGACGGGGGGAAGAAGCAAGAGGGAGGGUUGACAGUGGAUAGUGUUGUUUAUGGUUCUGCUGUGAAGCGAAGAAGGACAGAGGGAGGGGUGGAGAGAGUGGGGAGGCAGGAAAGAAGGCUUCUAAUGGAUAGCUUUGCUGACCAGUCUGCUGAGGAUGGGGAGAAGCAGCAAGAGGGAGGGUUGACAGUGGAUAGUGUUGCUGAUGGUUCUGCUGUGAAGCGAAGAAGGACAGAGAAGGGGACGGGAAGCGAUGAACUGGGAGAGGGGGGCAAGAUUGAGGGUAGAGAAGCAGAGAAGGGCGCCGGUGGAAUGGAGAGCAAGGAAGAAAAGGCCACGUUAAACAGGCCCCAACUGCCAGGCGCCUCAUUGAGCAGACCGCAAGCGGAAGACAUGUACGCACAUGAAUGUGACACCAAUAGUCCUUGUCGCUGCAGGCCAGUGGGGGAGAGCAGUGCUCCUAGUAGGGAUGUGGGAGGGAAGUGUGCAGCAAUUCACUGUUGUGCAGAUGAUAAGGGAAAAAUGGGCAGGGUGGAGGAAGAAGAGGAGGAGGAGGCAGAUGGAAAGCGAUGGACGCAGAUCAAACCGGAGGACCUGCGAUUCGAGGUGAGCAAUCACACGGGCAGGAUCCAUCUGUUCUGCAGCCAUCCUGACCGUCCAUUCGCCCCAGUUCCACUCGAGCAAAACUUCCAUCCAGAAGAUCUGGACCUCGUUAUAAGCAACCCCCUUUGUGUCAUAGAAAGCAAGAAGGAAGGUUCCUCUGCAGCUUCCCCCCAGCUCGCGGACUCAGAGGAUCGCAUGCCGCCAAUCCUGCGGCGACACGUGGCGCUUCGAGAGGCCGCCAGGUCAUUCGUCAGCGAGUGGGGGGCGCUGAAGCCGCAGCACCGGAGGAAGCUGCUUGGAAGGAUCCUGGCGCUUCCUGUGGCGGAGGAGCUGGAGCGAGUGCUGUUCCCCCUCCCCUUCAGUGACGUCAUGGGCAUGGCAGGGCCGUGUGGCAGCAAGAAGAGGUGGGCGACGAGAGGGGAUAUACUCACUGCUGCCAGGGAGGGAAGGGGAGUGGGUGGUGGAAGCACAGGUCUCAUGCAGCAAGGGCACCAACAGUGCCACGCCCUCUCUGUUGCUCCCACUCCUGCUUCUCCACCUACCUCUCUGUUCAACUUCUAUGAUGACUCAUGCAGCAAGGGCACCAACAGUGCCCCGCCAUCUCUUCUGCUCCAAUUCCUGCUUCUCCACCUACCUAUCCAUUCAUCCUCUCCAUUCAUCCUCUCCCUUCAUCCUCUCCAUUCAUCCUCUCCCUUCAUCCUCUCCAUUCAUCCUCUCCCUUCAUCCUCUCCCUUCAUCCUCUCCCUUCAUCCUCUCCCUUCUCCUCUCUAUCCCUCCCGUUCCCACUCUCCCCCGCUUUCUCUCACCAGUUCCCUCGCAGCAAGAUCGCCAACAGUGCCCUGCCAUCUCUUCUGCUCUGACUCCUGCUUCUCCUCACCUACCUCUCUCACUGUCACUCCGUGUAUCUCUUUGUCCCUUACCAGGACUCAUGCAGCAAGGGCGCCAACGGUGCCCCGCCAUCUCUUCUGCUCCAAUUCCUGCUUCUCCAUUCAUCCUUUCCCUUCAUCCUCUCCCUUCAUCCUCUCCCUUCAUCCUCUCCCUUCAUCCUCUCCCUUCAUCCUCUCCCUUCUCCUCUCUAUCCCUCCCGUUCCCACUCUCCCCCGCUUUCUCUCACCAGUUCCCUCGCAGCAAGAUCGCCAACAGUGCCCUGCCAUCUCUUCUGCUCUGACUCCUGCUUCUCCUCACCUACCUCUCUCACUGUCACUCCGUGUAUCUCUCUGUCCCUUACCAGGACUCAUGCAGCAAGGGCGCCAACGGACGCAUGCAGCAAGGGCGCCAACGGUUCCCCGCCAUCUCUUCUGCUGCGAUUCCUGCUUCUCCACCUACCUCUCUCGCACCUCCCUUUCGUUCCUUCGCCAGGAGCUAUUUGCACUCGAGCGAGGCGUGUGUGUGACAUGCAACCUCGACUGCCAUGCUCUUGUCUCGGCCAUCAGGGUGCUACCCCCUACUGACCGCCGCCGAGUGAUCCUGCACUGGGCACCCCACUUCGCCAAGUACCCCAAGCUGCUGCAACGUCUAAUAGGCCUUCCCACAGAGGGCAACGUGUGGCAUGCGGAUCAUAAAGUAGCGGUGGCGGAGGGGGGAGGGGAGUGCGGAGUGGAGAAUCUGCGCACGCUCUGUGUGGCGUGCCACCUGUCGCACACUAACUUCCAAAAACGCCAGUGGGCUGAGGAGAGGAGGAGAGCGAGGGCUGCGUUGGUGGCUUUGGAGGCUAAGAAGAGAGGAGAGGGGGGGGGGAAGGAAGGGGGAGAGGGAGGGGAAGGGUGUGAGAAGAAGGGAGGUGGGAAGAGAAGGGGUGAUAAGAUGGCUGGUGGUGGUCUGGGUGUGGGCAAGGGGGGUGUGAAAGGAAGGAAGAGAAUGAGAGAGGCGGAGGAGGGUGAGGGGGAUGGGGAGGGAGGGAAGCAGGUGCAAGCGACAGGAAGGAGGUGCAAGGAAGGAAGGAGCACAGAAGGAGAGCGAGCGACAGGGAUGUCUGAUGGCGAUGGAAUCAAGAGGGAAAGGUGGGAGAGGGCAGAAGAGGGGCAGAUGGAGGUAGAGGAAAGGAGAGACGAGGCAGACGAAGGGAGCGAGGAGGCGAGGGAGGCAGGGAGGGAGGAAGCAGCAGACUGUCACAAACCUAGAAAAGGGUUGACUCUUUUUGACUGCUUUAAGAGAGUGGAAGUGGGUGGUGGCUCGAGAAAGGGUGACAGGCUGAGAGGAGGUGGAGAGUCACGAACAUCAAGAGAGGCAAGAGAUUCACGAGGGCGAGAGGAAACAAGAUUUGGUGAGGGAUUGGGAGGGCGAGACGAAUCAAGGCUGGAGGGGAAGUCGAGCACGCUUGGAGGGAGCAGUGGCGUAGCAAGGAAUAGCAGUGCAGUGGCAGGAGGAGGGAGCAGCAGUGCAGCCAGAGGCAGCAGAGAUGCAGAGGGAGGGAAGGUUGCAGUGGCAGCACCAAAUGCUGCUGUGGUAGGCAUGCGUCCACCUGUGGACGCGCCAACAGGCGUGUCUCCUCAUUCAGGCUCACUGACAGGCACGCUUCCACCUGUGGACGGCCUGAUAAGCGUGGGCGUGGUGAAGGAGGAUGGGGAGAUGGACGCCUUGCGGCGGCUCUUUCGACCGGUUGUGAGAGCUGUGUGCUCGCCUCGCCCCGCGAUUCCAGAGGCGUCGCCUCGCCCCGCGAUUCCAGAGGCGUCGCAUGCAACGGCCCCAAACCAGGAGCGUUCACCUCGCUCCACACACUGCCCAGUCUUGCCACACAAUGUCACAAGGGAUGGGAUGGCAGGUGUGAGAGUAGGCGGCGACUGCGCAUCCACAAAUCCGGGAGAAGGUGGGGGGGGGAGUGGAGGAGUGGUAGGUGGUGGAAAUGGUGAUGGGGGCAAGCGAGGAGUUAUCACGGAGGGUGGGGGUGGCAGGGACGGCAGGGGGGAGAGGAGGCAUGAGGAGCAGGUGGGCGUGUGGGAGGUAGUGGGGAUAGAUGAGGAAGGUGGGGUAGGAGAGCCUUACGUAGAUGUGGUUGAUCUGACAGGGCAGGAGGAUGAUGAGGAGGGAGAGGACGUUGAAGAGGGGGAGGAUGGUGGAGACGAAGGAAGUUUGAAAAGCAAGGGAGGUUUGGAAGGCAAGGGAGGUCUGAGAAGCAGGAAAGGUUCGGGAAGCAAGGGAGGUUUGGGAAGCAAGGGAGGUUUGGGAAGCAAGGGAGGUUUGGGAAGCAAGGGAGGUCUGGGAAGCAGGAAAGGUUUGGGAAGCAAGGGAGGUUGGGGAAGCAAGGAAGAUUUGGAAAGCUUUGGACUGGGUGAGGAGUGGAGGGCAGAGGGCAAGGAGGUGAGGCUUGGGGAGGACGUGGAUGAUGAUGUUGCUGACGUGGCAGAUGGGGAGCACGUGGCAGGUGAUAAGGAGGAGGGGGAUACAGGUUCACAGAAUGAGGCUGGAGGAGGAGGUGGUGCUGGUGCACGCAAGGAGAUGGGAGGAGGAGCAGGAGAAGCUGAGAGUCGGGCUUUAGACUUGGACUACAGGGUGGGAGGGGGUACACGAGGGGUGUGUGGGGAGCGUGUGGGGGUAAGGCAAGAAGCAGGAAAAGGCGGGGUUUGCUUUGACGCGUAUGCACACAAGUCAGGUGAUAGGGUGUACCUCAAGGGAGGUGAUAGGCAGGGGAGAGUGAAAAAUGGGAAGUUAGGGGUGAAGCGGUUUCUGCAGUAUAAACACAGCGGAGCGCAGGGCGCAAGUAACGGCAACGGCGAAAAGCACUGCUGGCGGAGGAAAGCACGACCGGCGGAGGCGGAAGCGGAGGCGGAGGGGGGAGCUUCCGCAUCCUCCCGUCGUCUCUGCUCUCCUUCGCCGCGCCCCCUGCUGAUUCCCGGGUUUCCCGGGACUCCCGGGCUAGUGGCAGAAGCAGCGGAAGAGUCCCGUCGUGCAUCAGUCUCAGCAGUGGGAGCGGCAGCAGCAGCAGACAUCUAA